GGCUGCGUCAACGUCAGAGGCUCUUCUCGGCCACGCCCUCCCUGUAGCCUUCGGCCAUCUUCAGCACCAGAAUCUCUUCUCAGCCGUGCCCUCCCCAGAGGACUUCCCACCAUCUUCAGCCCCAGAGGGUCUUCUCGGCCACGCCCUCCCCUGCUGGCGCUGCCGGCCGCCAUCUUCAGCGCUAGAAAGGAAUGAGGAAACGGAGAAAGAAACUGGCUCCUUCUGUCUUCAAUUUUCUGAAGCUACAACAGCAAAAGCAUUGAGGUGUGGAGCCACUCACAGGUUACAGCUGUCGCCAAGGAAAUUGUGGAUUGUGAGACAAGAGAUGCUCUGGAUGUCACAGAGACCCUAACCUACAUAACCUUGGAACAAGGUGGCUGCCAUCUUGCUGUGUGCUCACAUGACCUCUUUGUACACAGAGGACUAGGGAGAGCAAGCACUCUGACAGCACUAAGGACACUAAUCCUAUCCAAGGAUCCCAGCCCAAGAAGAAGAACAAAUGCCCAGUGCACACAUGAAAAAGUAUUCAGCAGUUUUGGCCAUUAGAGAACUGUAACUCAAGACUGCACAUGGAGUCUCUCAAGAUGGCAGCGUCAGAAGAUGGGUUACAGCUGCCUAAGCUUCCCGAGCUGUUCGAAACCAGCAAACAGCUUCUGGAGGAAGUAGAAGUAGUGAAUGAAACCACCGGUUCCGGGAUAAUCCAAGAUAAAGUGUUCAAAGGACUGGACCUGCUGGAGAAGGCUGCUGAAAUGUUAUCGCAGCUCGAUUUGUUCAGCCAAAAUGAAGAUUUAGAAGAAAUUGCUUCCAUCGACCUGAAAUACCUGAUGGUGCCAGCGUUUCAAGGAGCCCUCACCAUGAAACAAGUCAACCCCAGCAAGCGUCUAGAUCAUUUGCAGCAGGCUCGGGAACAUUUUUUAAACUACUUAACUCAGUGCCGUUAUUAUCAUGUGGGAGAGUUUCAGCUGCCCAAAACCAAGAACAACUCAGCUGAAAAUAACACUGCUAAUCCCUCGGUGGCCUAUGCUAACCUCGUUGUGAUGGCAUCUCAAAGACAGGCUAAAAUAGAGAGAUACAGGCAGAAGAAAGAAGCGGAGCAUAGGUUGUCUGCACUGAAAUCUGCAGUGGAAGGUGGUCAAGCAGAUGAUGAGCAAGUCCGUGAAUAUUACCUCCUUCACCUUCGGAGGUGGAUUGGAAUCAGUUUAGAAGAGAUUGAAAGCAUUGACCAGGAAAUACAGAUCCUGAGAGAAAGAGACUCUUCAAGAGAGGCAUCAUCUUCUCACUCAUCUGUUCAGGAGAGACCUCCAACGAAGUCCUUCAUACUCACUCGUGACAAGGCCCAAGCCAAAGUAUUUGGAGCUGGUUAUCCAAGUCUGGCGACUAUGACAGUGAGUGACUGGUAUGAGCAGCAUCGGAAAUAUGGAGCAUUACCAGACCAGGGAAAAGCCAAGACAACAUCAGUUGAUUUUAAAAGAGUGGCUCAGCAACAGGAGGAUGAAGAAAAGGAAAAAGAAGAAGAUGAGAAGGUACUCCACAGAGCACGGGAGUGGGAUGACUGGAAGGACACCCAUCCACGGGGCUAUGGCAACCGACAGAACAUGGGUUAACCUUCCAAAAUGACAGGACUCUGGGGCAUGAACCUUUCCUGCCGAGGAAACUGCCACCUUGCCCUCCCAGGCUCCUGCUUCAGCGCUGUGCAACGAAGGCAAAGAUGCUGACUCUUCCUUUGUGGUUAAUAAAGCGUGAAACAGUUAAGUGUGUAU